CCAAGGGCCCCGCGCUCCGCCCUUCGCAGCGGCGCAGCAACAACAUGGAAGCUCCUAGUUACAGUCAGCUGUGACUGAGAACAGCGGUGCGGCAACAGCGUGGAAGCCCCUAUAGCCUUUACCGGAGUCAUCUGUGACUGAGACCACCAGCAACAACAUGGUAGCUUCAAUGUGCUGGAGUCAGCUGUGAGUGAGACCAGCGGUGCGGUGGGAGGCACAUGAUUCAGCAUCCUCGCAUUGCCCACCAACCGAGCAAGGUGACAGUGGCUUCUGACGACUACGCGUGAUGACAGACGCUGAAUCAUGGGUAAUGUAGAGAGCCAGAAUGGCGACCAGGCCUUCUACGGCGGCGGCCCGGGCCAGCUGUCCCGGAAGCACAUGUCCCGUUCCCUGAGGCUCUCCGGGAAGCAGUCACGGCGUUCCCGGCAGCCGUCCUCCGGGAAGCUGGAGCACCGGAACUCGGAGACGAGCACGCGCUCGAGCAGCACUCCCAGCAUCCCGCAGUCCCUGGCCGAGAGCGGGCUGGAGCCCUUCAACGAGGGCGGGCCGCUCCUGCCCCACUUCGGCAGCCCCAUCUGGGUGGACCGCGUGGCCAUGAACCUGCGGCCCGUGUCCUUCCACCCCGAGCUGGCGGCGGGGCGCGGGACGGGGCGGGGCGGCCCGGAGCGGGACGGGGGGGGCGUGUACCUGCAGAGGACCAGCGACGGGGCCCGCGACUCCUCCAGCUUUAAGAAGAAGCGCUCCAAGUCCGCAGACAUGUGGAGGGAGGACAGCCUGGAGUUCUCCCUGUCCGACCUGAGCCAGGACCAGCUCACCAGCACCGAGGAGAUCGCCCAGGAGAGGGACUACUGCAGGGGUCUGCUCCCAGCCAGCCCCGAGGGCCUGGGGCCCCUGGACCCGGGGGACAGGGCCAACUCCAUGGACCAGCUCUACGACCCCAAGACCCCCCCUCGCCGCCCGUCACACCCCCACCACCGCUUCGCCAAGUUCUCCCCCCGCGAGGGAGGUGGGGGCCGGGGCCGGGGCCGGGGGGGCCCGCACACGGGGCUCCAGGGCCUGGACGAUAAGGGCGCCGCCGAGGAUGAUGGGAACGCGUACGGAGCGUACACCCUGCCCUGCCGCCGCUCACACUGCCUGUCUGAGGGCCCGUCUGUCCAGCAGGGGGUGCUGUGUGCCAGCAUGCACGGCCGCAGGGCUCAGACCACGCAGGAUGUCACGGCGGGGGAGGGCAGUGAGUUCGGCGACAGUGGCAUCGACGGGGUGACGCUGGAGGCGGAGCCUGACUGGCGGCGGUAUAAGACGGCGUCGCCCUCGGGGGGCGGGGCCUCGGCACGCGGGCAGGGCGUGUACGAGAACUUCCGCCAGGAGCUGGAGAUGAGCUCCUGUUGCCCCAGCGACGCCCAGGAGGAGGCGGGGUCGGACGAGCACAGCACCGGCACUGUCAGCUCGGCCGGCCAAUCAGAUGCGCUGCUGGGCGUCACCCAGGGAACCGUGCGCAAGGCGGGCGCCCUCGCCGUGAAGAACUUCCUGGUUCACAAGAAGAGCAGGAAGGUGGAGCUGGCCGCCCGCCGCAAGUGGAAGCACUACUGGGUCUCCCUCAAAGGGUGCACCCUGUUCUUCUACGAGACAGAUGGGCGGUCUGGGAUCGACCACACCAGCGUCCCGAAACACGCAGUCUGGGUGGAGAACAGCAUCGUGCAGGCCGUCCCAGAACACCCCAAAAAGGACUUUGUGUUCUGCCUCAGCAACUCCCUGGGAGAUGCCUUCUUGUUCCAGACCUCCAGCCAGACGGAGCUGGAGAACUGGAUCACGGCGAUCCACUCGGCCUGCGCGGCCGCCGUCGCCCGGCAACACCACCGCGAGGACACGCUCAGGCUGCUCCGGGCCGAGCUCAGGAAGCUGGAGCAGAAGAUCGACAUGGACGAGAAGAUGAAGAAGAUGGGCGAGAUGCAGCUGUCCGCCGUCACCGACGCCAAGAAGAGGAAGACCAUCCUGGAGCAGAUCUUCCUGUGGGAACAGAACCUGGAGCAGUUCCACAUGGACCUGUUUCGGUUCCGCUGUUACCUGGCCAGCCUGCAGGGCGGCGAGCUGCCCAACCCCAAACGCCUGCUGGCCUUUGCCUCGCGCCCCUCCAAGCUGGCAAUGGGGCGGCUGGGCAUCUUCUCCGUGUCCUCCUUCCACGCGCUGGUUGCAGCUCGUACGGAGAGCGGAGUGAGGAGGCGCACACAGGCCAUGUCCCGCUCCUCCAGCAAGCGCAAGAGCCGCUUCUCCUCCCUCUGGGGUCUGGACACCACCUCCAAGAAGAAGACCAAGGGCCGGCCCAGCAUUAACCAGGUGUUCAUCGACGGAGAAGAGCCUGUGAAGAAGAGCCCGGACGGCAUGCUGGAGAACGCUGCCAGGGAGAGCGCGAAGGAGAAGGAGGGUACCCUGAAAAGCAUUCCCCAGCACAACGCAGACAGCGACAUUUGGGUUCCUGAGCACCUCACGCCUUCGUGGGUCUGCUUGCCGAACGACCAGCCCGUGCUGGCCACCAUCCAGCCCGGAGAGUCGGCCCUCGACACCCUGGAGACCGUCUGCAAGGCUCAUCACCUGGACCUCGCCAAGCAUUACCUGCGUCUGAAGUUUUUCAUCGACAACCAAGUGCAGUUCUACGUGCCCAAACCGGAAGAGGACCUGUGUGAUUUGCUCUACAAAGAGAUCGAGAUUUGCUCCAAGGUGACUAAGCUGGUUCGGUUUGACCGUGAUGAAUCCUGCUCGAUUGGUUACGGUUUCUCCAUCUCAGUGUUGGAGGAGGAUGGUGUGCAGCAGCUCUAUAUCACAGAAGUGAAGGCGGGGGGACUAGCCUUCGCUAAAGGGCUGAACGCGGGAGACGAGAUUCUCCAGCUGAACGGGAAGGAGGGGAGCACACUGAACUUCUCCGACAUGAAGGUGGCGUUUUCCCAGAAUUCCCUGGGCCUGACUGUCAGCACCCUGCCCCCCAUGGACCGCCACCAGCUCUGUUACCUGCCCCCCCGCCGCUCCCACGGUGAAGACGAGCUCUACACCGACAUCUUCUCCCAGAGCCAGGAGGACAUCCUGGACGAUGGGCCAGGCCUCUGUCUGCUGAGCCCUGGGGACAGUCUGGAUGAAGAGUACGACAUCUUCGAUGAAAUCGAAGACAACGUGAAGCGCAGUAAGAGCUCCUCAGAGUCCAUCUACGACAUGCUGCACCUGAGUACGGAGCAGGUGGCUGCGUUCUGCCGGAGCCUCCAUGACAUGGACCCGUCGGAGUGCGCCCCCUGCAGCCCGGAGUCUCCCCAGCCCCCCGCAGCCACCCCUCGCCAGCUCUCCGACGCCGACAAGCUCCGCAAGGUCAUCUGCGAGCUGGUGGAGACGGAGAGGACCUACGUCAAAGACCUUAACUGCCUGAUCGAGAGGUACUUGACUCCGCUGCAGAAAGAAAGCUUCCUCACACAGGAUGAGCUGGACGUGCUCUUCGGGAAUCUGGCCGAAAUGGUGGAGUUCCAGGUGGAAUUUCUCAAGACUCUGGAAGACGGGACCAGACUGGUUCCAGAUCUGGAACGGCUUGAGAGGGUGGAUCAGUUUAAGAAAGUGCUCUUCUCGCUGGGCGGGUCGUUCCUGUACUACGCCGACCGCUUCAAGAUCUACAGCGCCUUCUGCGCCGGACACACCAAGGUCCCCAAGGUCCUCGUCAAAGCGAAGACGGAUCCCGAUUUCAAGGCCUUCCUGGAUGCCCGGAACCCCAGACAGCAGCACUCCUCCACACUGGAGUCCUAUCUGAUCAAGCCCAUCCAGAGAGUGCUGAAGUACCCCCUCCUUCUGAAGGAGCUGUACUCCCUCACUGACCCCGACAGCGAGGAACACUACCACCUGGACGUUGCGGUGAAAGCCAUGAACAAGGUGGCGAGCCACAUCAACGAGAUGCAGAAGAUCCAUGAGGAGUAUGGCGCUGUGUUCGACCAGCUCAUCGCCGAGCAGACCAGCGACAAGAAAGAGGUGGCUGACCUGUCGAUGGGGGACUUGCUGUUGCACACGACUGUCACAUGGAUCAACCCUCCUGCAUCCCUGGGGAAAUGGAAGAAAGAUCCGGAACUGGUGGCAUUCGUCUUCAGAACAGCCGUGGUGUUCGUGUACAAAGACUGCUCCAAGCAGAAGAAGAAAAUAGGCGGGUCUCAUCGAGCGUCGGUCUCCGACGAGAAGGACCCAUUCCGCUUCCGUCACAUGAUCUCCACCGACGCCCUCCAAGUGCGAUCCCUGGCCAGCGCUGACGGAGAGGGAAAUGCGGUGUGCGAGAUCGUUCACGUGAAGUCCGAGUCAGAGGGAAGGCCAGAGAGAACAUUCCACCUUUGCUGCAGUUCUCCGGAGAGUAAAAAAGACUUUCUGAAGACGGUGCACUCUAUCCUGCGGGACAAGCAGCGCAGGCAGCUCCUGAAGACAGAGAGUCUGCCCCCCAGCCAGCAGUACGUCCCGUUCGGCGGGAAGCGCCUCUGCGCCCUGAAGGGGGCUCGACCAACCAUGAACCGCGCAGUGUCUGCCCCGGCCCGGACCCUGGGGCGGCGGAAGCUAGUGCGGAACCGCUUCACCAUCGACACGGACAUCGUGUUCGACAGCGACCCGACGGAGCGCCCGCCCUCUUCCCAGCAGCCUCUGGGAGGAGACACGGACCGCUGGGUGGAGGAGCAGUUCGACCUGGAGCGCUACGAGGACCAGGAGCCCGCCGACGUCAAGGAGACUGACAUCCUCAGCGACGAGGACGAGGAGUUCUGCCAGACCUCCUCCAAAGAGCCGUCGGUGGAGGAGCCUGAGCUGGAGACCCCCGAGCUGGAGGACCCCGUGAGUGCCCUGUCCCUCGAGCAGGAGGAGCAGGAGGAUCAGUGGGGUCAGGAGGAGGAGGAAGAGGUGGGUGAUGGGAGUGGUAAGGGUGAUGGUGCGGGGGAAACCUCUCAGGACACAGUGUCCCAAGUGAGCCCUGCGGAUACACACUCCCCCCCGGGGUCCCCCACCAAUCAGAGGACCGCGUCCGGCCUGAACGGGUCGACGGAGGGGGCUGAGGGGGAAGAGGUCAUCUGGGUCCGCAGGGACGAUUUUAACACCCAGAGCGACGAGGUCUGAGAGCGGACACAUCCCCACAGCGACCAGGUCUGAGAACGGACACAUCCCCAUGGCGACGAGGUCUGAGAAUGGACACAUCCCCAUGGCGACGAGGUCUGAGAAUGGACACAUCCCCACAGCGACCAGGUCUGAGAACGGACACAUCCCCAUGGCGACCAGGUCUGAGAAUGGACACAUCCCCACAGCGACCAGGUCUGAGAACAGACACAUCCCCACAGCGACCAGGUCUGAGAACGGACACAUCCACACAGCGACCAGGUCUGAGAACGGACACAUCCCCAUGGCGACGAGGUCUGAAAAUGGACACAUCCCCAGAAGAAGAGGCUGAGAAACCUGGUUUCCUCCCUCGCAAAGCUUGAAACAGCCUACCUACAGCCAGUUAACCCAGUACACCACUGUACACCACUACUUUAAACAUGGAGCAUUAAAGUCUGUCUACACAACAAUAAAGAACAGCCUAUUAAAACAAAGUGUUUUAUAACUGACACUAACUCAGUCCAAAAUAAGCAGUUCCAGAAAUAAAGAACUACUAAAGUCUCAUUCCAGGCACACGUUACAAAGUUUGUCAAUAGGAAUAAAUGAGUCCAUUUUAAGCUUUGCGAGAAGGACUUGACUGUACAAUCAUGAUAUGCAGAAGAGUUUUGGGACCAGCUUGUUUUCCACAUGGACUUGGGCAGCUAAUCUGGACUGUCAAAAAAAUGUUGUUGCCAAAUUUAUAUUUUAGGAACACAGAAAUAUUGAAAGCUGUUUUUUUCUGAGAGAGGUGCAGUAGUUGUAUGACGCCUAAGGGCUGUGUGUUAUUUAUUUUGGCCUGUAGGGCUCUCGGUAAAAGAAACCAUGUUAAUAAAAAAAUAAAAAAACGAAGUCCUGGGAGAUUUCCUGUACUCAUGCAUCGUGUUAUGAUUGUGUGCAGGUGUUUCCGAUGUAAACACUUUCCAGUGAAACACAGCGGUCUGACCGCGUUCAUGUCGCUUUGGCUUUCUACGGUCAGCGUAUAGUAUAUAUUGAAUGACUCCUUAAUAGUUUUUCACAUUUUAAAAUAUUUUAUUUGUACCUUGUUUACAUUGUGUCAAACUCCUCUGCAGUAUUAACCUUUUUUUUAACCCCAGAAGACAAGGGAUUUAUUUUGUUUUUUGUUUUUUUACUAAUUUUAACAAUCCUGUUUUACUUGAAUUUAUUUUGUAUGAUAUUUCCAUUUAGUGUCUUUCAUUCUGUCAGCCCAUUGUGGUUUGUACUGAUCUCAGCUUCAUCUGCUCCACAUAUAAGCUGUUUUAAAAUAUUUUUUUUACACUGAUGUUAGUCAUUAAAGGCACAUAUUUGGAUGUGUUGAAAUAGCAGAAAACAGUUGUGUAAUAAAUAUAUACUGUCCUUGAAAAGCUUUUUGUUUAAAAAAAAUUAUAUAAUUAUAUAUCAUAUACUACUGUAAUACUGUACAUAUCCAAUGCCUAUAUGUUGGAACAGACCUUUGUUUUUACUUUUAUUACCUUAUAAGUGAAAUCUUACCACUAUACACAAAAUAUAUAUGGAAUAUUUUAAAUAGAAAGUAAUGAGAAUGCAGAUGAUGAACUGUGAUCCUGUGGGUGAAAGGUGAUUGGAGUGAACACUGUGGAGCUGGUUUAUAAACCAACACAGUGCACUUUAAUGGCUGGUGUUUUUUUAAAUAUGUGUACAUACAGCUGUAUUGAUAUUUCAAAUAAAUUGUUUCUUACAAAA